CCUGCCUUCUCUGCCCACAACCAGGGCCCCUCCACACCACACCCAUGGCCUGCUACGACCUCUGCCGCCCCUGCGGACCCACCCCGCUGGCCAACAGCUGCAACGAGCCCUGUGUCAGGCAGUGCCAGGACUCCACCGUCCUCAUCCAGCCCUCCCCCGUCCGCGUCACCUUCCCAGGGCCCAUCAUGACCUCCUUCCCCCAGAGCUCCUUCGUUGGAUCCACCGCAGGGGCUGCCCUGGGCACGGAGCUCAACGUCCAGGGACAGCCCAUCUCCGGCGGCUUUGGGGCCGCAGGCUACGGCCUGGGCUAUGGCCGUGGCUUUGGCUACGGCCUGGGAGGCCUGGGCUGCUACGCCAACAGGGGCUGCUACGGCACCUGCUGA